AAUAGAAAUAGGGUUUCUCUCAUCCAUCAGACAUAACCCUUCAAAAUCAAACCCUCCCUCUCUCUCUCUCUCUCUCUCUUUCUCUGAAGUUUUCUUUCUGGAAUCCGCGAAGAUGGUAGAAGAAAAUAGCGUGCCGCUUUGGAUCCAAAACAGAAUGUACCCAGUGGUCACGAUGAGCGUGGUGGACCACAACCUCCCCUUCCACACCCACAACUACAACCUCUACGAAGUCACCUUCCAGUGCUGCCACUACGACACAAUAAUCCACACCCUCCUCACCUCCGACCCCUCCCGAGUCGCCUCUUGGCUCCCCAACAACGACGGCGUCCGCCGCCGCAACAACCUCAUGGUGGGCCUGGAUGUCGAGUGGCGGCCCAAUUAUCAGCCCAACCCCGUCGCCACCCUCCAACUCUGCAUCGGUCACCGCUGCCUCAUCUUCCAGAUCAUCCACGCGCCCUCCAUCCCAGCCGCUCUCAUUUCCUUCCUGGCUAACCCUAACAUCACCUUCUUCGGUGUCGGGAUCCGCGCCGACGCCGAGAAGCUUCUAGUAGACUACAAUCUUCACGUGGCCAAUGUCCGUGACCUCCGCCCCUUGGCCGUGGAGAGGCUUUCUCGCGCGUUUUACCCUGACGUGAGCCAGGCCGGGCUGGCGACGUUGGCCCGCCACGUGUUGGGCGUGGCGGUUGAGAAGCCACAGUGGAUCACAAGGAGCAGGUGGGAUGAUCGUCGCCUCACUAAGGAACAGGUUCAGUAUGCGACCAUCGAUGCCUUUCUCUCCUAUGAGAUUGGACGCCAGUUGAAUGAUCCUUCAGCGAUUAUGUAGCGUUCGGUAAUUUCGUCAUUUCUUACUAAUCACUAUUACUUGGUAUAUUAGCCUCUGGUAUUUUACUAUUUUGUGUCAUACUUGUUGUGGUUGUGAUGAAUAGACAAUGCUGGUUUAUUGAAUAUUCAUCACGUGGAUAGAAAUUGGUAGUGUUUUCGUUUUCUACAUUUUUUGAUCUUUAAGAAAGGAAUGAAAAUGAUUCUGGUUCUGUA